AUGACACAAGCUUCAACCCCCCCGACGCAGCGCAAAUGUGCACCGUCCAAACUGAAGGCUUUCCUCUUCUUCUUGUCCUUUGUCUACAUCACCAAAGCUCUGGCGCUGGUCUAUUCCCGCAGCAUGAUCACCCAGAUCGAGAGACGCUUCAAUAUCCCCUCCAAGCUGGUCGGGGUCAUCGAUGGCAGCUUUGAUAUCGGCAAUUUAUUGGUUAUCACGUUCGUCAGCUACUUUGGAGCGAAGUUACAUCGGCCGAGAAUGAUCGCUGCCGGAUGUCUGAUCAUGUUUGUGGGCAGCUGUGUGACGGCUAUACCCCAUUUUAUUAUGAAGAGAUAUCAGUAUGACAGAGCGACCGUCUAUACAUCAGACAAUACGACAUCCCACACUCAAUUGUGUCUGGCCAAUCACAGCCGUCCCUCCGUAGACCUGGACUACCCAGAAGAGUGUGCGGCCGGCUCCUCCGAGUCCCUUAUGUGGAUGUUUGUUCUGGUUGGGAAUAUUCUACAAGGAAUCGGUGAGACCCCCAUAGAGCCUCUGGGAGUCUCCUAUCUGGACGAUUUUGCAAAAGUGGAAAAUUCCCCAUUUUAUAUCGGAAUAAUACAGACUUUGUCCAUCUUCGGGCCGCUGCUGGGGUCUCUGUUGGCAUCUUACAUGGCACAGCUCUACGUUGACGUCGGUUUUAUAAAUCUGGACGAGGUGCUCAUAACUAUGACAGAUACACGUUGGGUUGGGGCUUGGUGGAUGGGAUUCCUGAUCAGCGGAGCACUCAACCUCCUAGCUGCUGUCCCCUUCUGCUUCAUCCCAAAGUCUAUGCCCAAAGAGGGGGAAGAGGGUCUGACCGAGCUGAAGGAGACCCUGCGGCCGCCAGUAACCGACAACAAUACAGAGACCGCCAAGAGUAAGGAGCUCACGUUGCAAGGAUUUUUGUUCUAUUUAACGAAUCUGUUGAAGAAUAAGAUCUAUAUGCUGUUCAUUCUGGUCACAGUCAUCCAGUUCAGUGCUUAUGUAGGUCUAUUUUCAUUCUUCCCGAAAUACCUGGAGCAGCAGUAUGGAAAGUCUGCGUCAGAGGCCAUUUUUCUGAUUGGGGUGUACAGCCUGCCUGUCAUUGGUGUGGGCUACUUCCUUGGUGGAUAUUUCAUGAAGAGAUAUAAGGUCUCCACAUUUAUGGCCGCCAAGAUUGGUUUUUUCACCUCCAUAUUGGAAUAUCUCAUCUUUUUUCUGGCCUUCGCUAUGUUGUGCAAGAAUGCGUCUGUGGCCGGACUCACCAUUACAUACGAUGGAAUUGAGAGUGUUUCCUAUUCAGAUAACUUAACGGCGGACUGUAACCUGAACUGCGACUGCCCUACCGAUGUCUGGGACCCCGUGUGCGGGGAUAACGGCAUGGCCUUCGUCUCCGCCUGCUUAGCCGGCUGCUCCUCCUCUAGGGGAAGUGGGCAGGAUGUGGUUUUUCACAACUGCAGCUGUGUCAUGUCCCCGAACAGCACCGCCAUACUGGGCCAGUGUUCGCGGGAGGAGAAGUGUGACACCAUGCUGCUGUACUUCAUGAUUCUCAACCUGGUGUGCUGCUUCAUCUACUCGCUGGGGGCCAUGCCGGGGUACAUGGUGCUCAUCAGGAGUCUCACCCCUGAGGAGAAGUCUUUCGGCCUCGGGCUCCACCUCUUAGCCGCACGGGCAAUCGGUGGGAUUCCUUCCCCAAUAUACUAUGGAGCCGCCAUAGACACAACCUGUAUAAAAUGGGGGACGAACAGCUGCGGUGAGCCGGGAGCAUGCCGGAUGUACGAUUCGGAUGCCUACAGAUAUCUGUUCAUCGGGAUCCCCUCUGUACUGCGAUUUGUCUCAUACAUCCCCUGCGUGUUCAUCCUCUUGGCGCUCAAACGGAUGUCGUCCCGCUCGGAGGUUGUGGGAUAAUUAUCUCUGGGAAUGGAAGAGGAAAUUAUCGAAGAAUCUUCAGUAAU